AUGGGUGGAAUAACUGUUGUUUUAGCUGGUGACUUCAGACAAACUUUACCUGUUGUACCACGAGGUACACGUGCAGAUGAAGUCAAAGCCUGUCUCAAAUCCUCAGUUUUAUGGACUCAUGUUAACGUACUGUCUUUGAAAAUUAAUAUGCGCGUUCAUAUGCAACAUGAUUUGAGAGCAGAAGAAUUUUCAAAGUUACUCAUUGAUAUAGGGAAUGGACAAAUUUCAGAAGUUGACGGACGAAUAAGUAUUCCGGAUAACCUAGGUGAUAUUGUUGAUGAUUUAACUACAUUAACUGAUAAAAUAUACCCAGAUAUCAAUAAAAUUGGAGUUAAUUACUCUUCAUGGCUAAAAGAAAGAGCUAUUCUGACUCCAACUAAUGAUUCAGCAAAUAGCAUUAACAACUUUCUUCUGGAAAAGCUAUCAACUAAUCAAAUGAAGUAUAAAUCUAUUGAUACAGUCGUAGAAGUUGAUGAUGCUGUCCAUUAUCCUGUCGAGUUCUUACAUACACUCAAUCCACCCGGAAUACCAUCUCAUAUUCUCAAUCUUAAAAUUGGAGCACCAAUAAUGUUAUUGCGCAAUUUGAAUCCUCCGAAACUAUGUAACGGUACCAGACUACAAGUGAAAAAUUUACAUAAAAAUAUUAUUGAAGCUACAAUUUUAACAGGUAAACAUGAAGGAGAAGUCGUAUUUAUUCCAAGAAUUCCUUUGGUUCCAUCUGACUACCAUUUCAACUUCAAACGUCUACAAUUUCCUGUUAGGGUUUGCUAUGCUAUGACUAUCAAUAAAGCGCAGGGGCAGAGUUUAAAAUUAGCUGGUGUAGAUUUGAGACAUGAUUGUUUUUCUCAUGGUCAGUUUUACGUGGCAUGCUCAAGAGUCAGUUCACCGGACAACUUGAUUAUUCUUCAACCAGAAAAAAAGACGAAAAACAUUGUUUACAAGGAAGUUUUAAGUUUGUAA